CCGUUUGGGCUCGGGCUCGGGCUCCUUCACACAGCCUCCCGCCCCCCGCCCCAGCUUAGGUGUGUGUGGCAGGCGGGCGGGCGGGGUGGGUCUGUCUGUCUAUCUGUGUCAGUCGGUCCCGUCCUUUGCUGCAGGGGGGGUGUAAGGGGGGGCUACUCUGCGGUCUCAGCAUCUCCUCUCUCCAGCGGCUGCCAGGUGGGUGUCUGUGGGUCUGUCUUUGCUGGGGAAGCUUCGGGUAUCAGGAGGGGUGGCGGUGGUCUGUGCUUGGGGUGUCUGUGUGUAAUUGUAUUGCGUGUGUGUGUGUAAGGGGGCGGGGUGGGGAGAAUUCUGUCUGCCUUUACCUUGAGCUAGCUGUCUGUCCUCUCCACCCCCCCCCCUCCAUCUGUCAUCUGUCUGCACCUGAGAUCUCCUGGCUUCUGUCUGGACCCCCCCCCCAGUCGUCUGUCUGUCUGUCGCUGUCGAUGCCUGUGUCCAGUUGUGGUUUUGGCUCUGUGUCUGGCUCUGGGUGACCCAAUGUCUGGCUGUUUGUGUCUCUGUGUCCCUGUGUCCGGCUGUGUAUGAAUGAGCUGGUGUUCUCUGUCUGGGUCUGGUUGUCUGUCUGUCUGUCUUUGUGUGCCGGCAUCUAUCUGUGUGUCCCUGUGUCCAGCUGUGUGUGUGUCCCUGUAUAGAUGUGCGUUUCUGUGUCCCUGUCCCUGACUCUUUCUGUGUGUGUGUGUGUGUGUGUGUGUGUGUGUGUGUGUGUGUUUUGAAUGUGUCUCCCACUCCUUUCCAAUGAGGGGGUGUUGUGGGGGGAAUCCCUGGGAAGUGAGGCUGUGCGUGUGUCCAUGUCUGCCUGUAGGGGAGAAAGGGAGACAGGUAGACAGGCAGCCUGCCUCUGAGGUGACCCCAGACAGACAUUCAGGAGACCCUGGAGAGAAGGUAGGGGGGAGGGCAGGGAGGACAGAGGAGACUCCAGCAAGCAGAGAUAUAGAUAGCCGAGAAGAGGAGGAGGAGGAAAACCUCAGCCGGCUGGGGGAGGGAGGGGCGCCCCAGGCAGGUGAGACGGGAUCCCCAUGGGGUGCAGGGCCUGCCACUUGCCGAGGCAUCGAAGGCAGCAUCCUGGGCCCAACUUUCAAUGCAACAUGUGUAGCCUGCUGAGCCUGGCCCCCACCUGAAGCCCUGGGGGACUGAUGGUACUGAAUCCCUCACCUGCUGUGUCCUUCUAGAGCCUGAGUCUGGGCCCCCGUCCCAGCCAUCGUCACUCCCCUCCCCCACUACACAACAGGGUCAUGAAAAGAGGCUGCCCGGCAGGGCCCCCAGGCAAUGCGUGGCCCCCUGGGCCCCCGAGGCCCCGAAGGCCUAGCUAACAUGUUCUUGCUGCUGGCCUUGGCUUGUGCCAGCCCCUUCCCCGAGGUGGCCCCCCCCCUGGGUGGCGGCAGCGUUGGGGAGCCUGGCGCGGGCCGGCCCCUCAAUGUGGCCCUGGUCUUCUCGGGGCCAGCCUACGCUGGGGAGGCGGCCCGCCUGGGCCCCACUGUGGCCGCCGCUGUCCGCAGCCCGGGCCUGGAGGUGCGACCUGUGGCCUUGGCCCUCAAUGGCACUGACCCGCGCAGCCUCAUGCUUCAGCUGUGCGACCUGCUCUCGGGCCUGCGCGUCCACGGCGUCGUCUUUGAGGAUGAUUCCCACGCCCCUGCCGUCGCCCCUAUCCUGGACUUCCUCUCCGCUCAAACUGCUCUGCCUAUUGUGGCCGUUCAUGGUGGUGCCGCUCUCGUCCUCACACCCAAGGAGAAGGGCUCUACCUUCCUCCAGCUGGGCUCCUCCACAGAGCAGCAGUUGCAGGUGAUCUUCGAGGUGUUGGAAGAGUAUGACUGGACAUCCUUUGUGGCAGUGACCACCGCAGCCCCCGGCCACCGGGCCUUCUUGGCUUACAUCGAGGCGCUCACCGACGGCAGCCUGGUGGGCUGGGAGCACCGGGGGGCCCUGACACUGGACCCCGGGGCUGGUGAGGAGGUGCUCGGUGCCCGCCUCAGAAGCCUCAGCGCCCAGAUCCGCCUGCUUUUCUGCGCCCGCGAGGAGGCGGAGCCACUGUUCCGGGCAGCAGCUGCCGCCGGCCUGACAGGCCCUGGCUAUGUGUGGUUCAUGGUGGGACCCCAGCUGGCGGGGGGCGGAGGAGGGGGCGGGCCUGGCGAGCCUCCUCUCCUGCCAGGGGGGGCCCCGCUGCCCGCAGGGCUCUUUGCCGUCCGAUCAGCUGGCUGGCGGGACGACCUGGCCAAGAGAGUGGCAGCAGGUGUGGCGGUGGUAGCCCGCGGGGCCCAGGCCCUGCUUCGUGACUAUGGGUUCCUGCCUGAGCUGGGUCAAGAUUGUAGAGCUCAGAACCGGAGCCAGCGGGGAGAGAGCCUGCACCGGUAUUUUAUGAACAUCACCUGGGACAAUCGAGACUACUCCUUCAAUGAAGAUGGCUUUCUGGUGAACCCCUCCCUUGUGGUCAUCUCUCUCACUAAGGACAGAACUUGGGAGGUGGUGGGCACCUGGGAACAGCAGUCUCUACGGCUCAAGUACCCACUGUGGUCUCGCUACGGACGCUUCCUGCAGCCUGUGGACGACACCCAGCACCUCAUGGUGGCCACGCUGGAGGAGCGCCCCUUUGUCAUUGUGGAGCCGGCCGACCCUCUCAGCGGCACCUGCAUCCGGGACUCUGUGCCCUGCCGCAGCCAGCUCAACCUUACCCACAGCCCCCCACCAGAUGCCCCCCGGCCAGAGAAGCGCUGCUGUAAAGGCUUCUGCAUCGACAUUCUCAAGCGCCUGGCCCAGACCAUCGGCUUUAGCUACGACCUCUACCUCGUCACCAAUGGCAAACACGGGAAGAAAAUCGAUGGCGUCUGGAACGGCAUGAUUGGGGAGCGGGCAGACAUGGCCAUUGGCUCCCUCACCAUCAAUGAGGAGAGAUCAGAAAUCGUAGACUUCUCUGUCCCUUUUGUGGAGACGGGCAUCAGCGUCAUGGUGGCUAGAAGCAAUGGGACAGUGUCACCGUCCGCCUUUUUGGAGCCCUAUAGCCCAGCCGUGUGGGUCAUGAUGUUCGUCAUGUGUCUAACCGUGGUGGCCGUCACAGUCUUCAUCUUCGAGUACCUCAGUCCUGUCGGCUACAACCGCAGCCUGGCCACGGGCAAGCGCCCCGGCGGCUCCACCUUCACCAUUGGAAAGUCCAUCUGGCUGCUGUGGGCGCUGGUCUUCAACAAUUCGGUGCCUGUGGAGAACCCCCGCGGGACCACCAGCAAGAUCAUGGUCCUGGUCUGGGCCUUCUUCGCUGUCAUCUUCCUGGCCAGUUACACGGCCAAUCUGGCAGCUUUCAUGAUCCAAGAGGAGUAUGUGGACACCGUGUCUGGGCUCAGUGACCGCAAGUUUCAGCGGCCCCAAGAGCAAUACCCACCCCUGAGGUUCGGGACCGUACCCAACGGGUCCACAGAGAAGAAUAUCCGCAGCAACUAUGAAGCCAUGUACAACUACAUGGUGCGCUAUAACCAGCCCCGCGUGGAGGAGGCCCUGAUCCAGCUGAAGGCCGGGAAGCUUGAUGCCUUCAUCUAUGACGCUGCUGUUCUCAACUACAUGGCCCGGAAGGAUGAGGGCUGCAAGCUGGUGACCAUCGGCUCGGGCAAGGUCUUUGCCACCACGGGCUAUGGCAUCGCCCUGCAGAAGGGGUCCCGUUGGAAGCGGCCCAUCGACCUGGCUCUGCUGCAGUUCCUGGGUGACGAUGAGAUCGAGAUGCUGGAGCGCCUCUGGCUGUCUGGGAUCUGCCACAAUGACAAGAUCGAGGUCAUGAGCAGCAAGCUGGACAUCGACAACAUGGCGGGGGUCUUCUACAUGCUGCUGGUGGCCAUGGGCCUCUCCCUGUUGGUCUUUGCUUGGGAGCACCUGGUGUACUGGAGGCUGCGCCACUGCCUGGGCCCCACCCACCACCUGGACUUCCUGCUGGCCUUCUCCAGGGGCAUGUACAGCUGCUGCAGCGCAGAUGCCACUCCCCCAGCUGCCAAGCCCCCGCCCCCCCAGCCCCUGCCCUUGCCCAGCCCGGCCUACCCGGCUCCCCGGCCGGCCCUGGCGCCCACAGCCACCGGCCCCUUCCUGCCCCGGGAGCGGGCUGCUGUGGACCGCUGGCGCCGACCCAAGCCAUCGGCAGGGCCUGGGGCUGGGCCUGUGCCAGUGCCAGUCACCCCCGAGGCCACGGGCCCCACUCGUGCCCCGCUGCCCGGAGCCAUGGCUGACGGCUUCCACCGCUACUAUGGUCCCAUUGAGCCGCAGGGCCUGGGGGAGCCCCGGGCAUCCAGGCCAGCCCGGCCCCUGUCCCCACCCCCUCCACCACAGAAGCCCCCACCCUCCUACUUUGCCAUUGUGAGAGAGAAGGAAGCUUCAGGCCCUAGUGAGCCGCCUCCUGCCCCUUAUGCUGGGUACCCCUCCCCACCUGCCCCAUCAGCCGCCCCCCUCUGUCACUUGGCUUAUGAGGAUGAGAGCCCCCCAGCCCCGAGCCGCUGGCCCCGCUCAGACCCCGAGAGCCAGCCCCUGCUUCGGGGGGCUGGUGGCGGGGGGAGCUCCACAGCACCUCCUCCUCCACCCUGCCGAGCGCCACCACCGCCCUGUCCCUACCUGGACCUCGAACUGUCCGAUUCGGAGGACUCAGAGAGCUUGGGGGCAGGCUCGGGGGCGGGCCUAGAACCCUGGUGGGUCCCUGAUUUCUAUCCCUACACUGAUCGCCUGGGUCGCUACUGGUCUGUUGACAAGCUGGGGGGCUGGCGGGCAGGCAGCUGGGACUAUCUGCCCCCUCGCCCCGGCCCGGCAGCCUGGCACUGCCGACACUGUGCCAGCCUGGAGCUGCUCCCCCACCCUCGCCACCUCAGUUGCUCCCAUGACGGUCUGGACGGAGGCUGGUGGGCCCCCCCACCGCCCCCUCCCCCUCCGUGGGCCUCCGGGCCCCACCGACGCCGCACCCGCUGCCGCUGCCCCCGCGGCCAUCGGGCUCCCAGCCGCCGCUCUGGCCAAGCCCCACACCGGCGGCGCCACGCAGGCGCGUGGGACCUCCCACCGCCGGCGCCCACUUCCCGUUCCCUGGAGGACCUGAGCUCCUGUCCCCGGGUGGCCCCAGUUCACAGUCGCCACUCCCGACGUUGCCCCCACGCCACCCACUGGGGCCCUGUGCCCCGGAGACACCGUGGGGGCGACCUGGGCACCCGCCGGGGCUCCGCCCACUUCUCCAGCCUCGAGUCUGAGGUAUGACCGACCCUGUCCCCCCCCUCCCCUGGCCUGGCAUGGAGAAAACACUAGUGGGAUAGAAGGCCUAUGGAUGCGUGGAGAGCAGCAAUACCAAGGAGAGAUGUGUGGGCAGUGCUUUCCUUUGGUGACGAGGGCCACAGAUCCAGCAUGUGUCCCAGCCAUGGAUGGAACCUUGAUGGGACAGAGCCAGGGGGGCUGGAAUGGGGUUCCCUGAGCCCCGCGGGCUUUUUUAACCUGACAAGGGCUUUUUAAUGUCAUGGGAAUGGGGGGGUCUGGCUGAGUACAUGCCCCUCCCCUCUGUCCCAGCCCCAUCAUGUGGGGCCUGCACCAUCACUGUGCUACUCCCCGAGCCCCAGAUACCACCAGGGACCACCCCCCGGGGGAGAGGGGGCUGUUUUUAACCUUCAUCAUUGGGACACAAAACUGUGAGAGCCGCUCGCUAAACUGUGACCCCCAACCCUGAGACUGUGACCCCUGACCCUGAGACUGUGACCCCGACCCCAGACUGUGAUCCUGAUCCCUUAUCCCUAGCCUCUGACUCCUGAGACUGUUACCCCUGAGCCCAAGACCUUCCCCAACCCCAAUCUCUGCCAGACACCUUGGGGUCUACCUGAAUUGAACUCUGAUCCUCCCCAUUCUUUGACCCCUAAAUUCUACACUACCCCAGACUUCCCUUCACUGUACUCCUGGACAUCCUCCCAGACCACGUGUCCCCUCCCCCACCCCCCACUGGCCUCCUGUGUCCAACCUGAGAAGCCCUGGGCCUGGGCCCUGGAAGCCCACCCAAACCCACCCUGCAGCAGGGGAAGGGCCUGUGGGGAGUGGGGACUCAGGUGUCCAACCCCACUGCAUCAAAGUGUUUGGAAUAAACCAAGUUU